UCCUGUGUUCGUGUGUGAAACUUGUUUUCUCUAGUGUCAUUUUCCAAGAUACACUUUGGAGGAACACAACCAGACCCCCCUUCCUCCCCACACCCUCUUUCUGGAAUUCCUUGUUUUACUUUUUUUCGUUUCCAGUUUCAUAUCUCUCUCUCUCUCUCUCUCUCUCUCUUAUCUUCUGCCUUUUAUAUAUUUAAAGAAAUCUUUCAUAGCUUUCUACCCUUCAUUUUUUUACUUUUUCUUUUUGUGUUUGGUUUGGUGUCGGUGUUGGUGAUUGUGUUGUUCUUCUAGCUUCCCUUUUGUUGAUUUCCAUGGUAUCAAUUUGAUUGCAUAUCAAGAUAGUGCAAAAAAAGCAAUCUCACUUAGUGUGAGAGUGGGAGAAAGUGAGUUAAAAGAAGGGGUUUUGUGCGUGUUGAUAUCUCUAGUUUAUCUAAUAACACAAAGCAAGAAAAUGCCCUUGGAAGGGAUUUUCAUAGAACCACCACCACCACCAUCUUCAUCCCCUUCAACUUCACUUCCUGAUCUCUCUCUCAACAUUAGCCUCCCAAAUUCUUCUUCUUUAUCCUCCUCGGUUCGGCCCGGUCAUAUCGAUUCGCCUUCGAAAUCCCACACCGCGCAACAACCGUCCUAUACCUACCUCUCCCUCACAAACCCAUCAACAAGUUUAGCCCAAAGAGAUCAAGACAACCCACAAAAUAUGUUCCCACAUCAUCAUCAUCAUCAAAACAUUAACCAAAAUCAUAUAAACCAAGGGGUUUCAUUACUUGAUGUUUCUGACUGUUUGAGGCCAAUUAAAGGGAUCCCAGUAUAUCACAACCAUCAGUUUCCUUUUUUGCCUAAUUUGGACCACUCAUCUAUGGACAAAGAUCCAAAGAUGUGUUUCUAUCCAUCAUCUUCUACAUCUACUUCACCUUAUAACUUUGGUGCUAAUUCCGGAACACACAUGCCCUUUAUGAACCAUGGACUCAAUGGUCCUGCUUCUCCAGGUUAUCGUGUGCCUGGAACCUGUGGAACCAUUGGUGGUGUAUCAAGAUUUAAUGGUUACUACCAAAACUAUGGAACCGGUGGGCCCACAUCUCAUGAAAUCUCACAUGGGUUGAUGAGAUCAAGGUUUCUACCAAAGCUUCCGGCUAAGAGGAGCAUGAGGGCACCCAGGAUGCGAUGGACUAGCACCCUUCACUCGAGGUUCGUUCAUGCGGUUGAGCUUCUUGGAGGACAUGAAAGGGCUACACCAAAAUCAGUUUUGGAGUUAAUGGAUGUUAAAGAUCUUACACUUGCUCAUGUCAAGAGUCAUUUACAGAUGUAUAGAACUGUCAAAACAACUGACAAACCUGCAGCUUCCUCAGGCCAAUCUGAUGGAUCCGGAGAAGACGAUAUCUCAACCACAGGAAGCGGUGGGCUAAGGCGUUUCUCGGAUCAAGGAGGAUCAUCUGCUGAUCAGCAAGAAUCCGAUUACCCUAAUUUCUCCGCUGCCGCAGCCACCACCACUGGCACAACCCUCUGGAGCAAUUCUUCAAGCAAUAGAGAGGGAUGGCUACACACAAACAGUGAAAUGAAUGAUCUUGGACCCUCAUCUACCUCGAUUCGACAACAGAAUGGCAGUCAUCUAGUCGAGGUAUGUGAUCCUUCAAGAUCAAGUAGCUGCAUUGGAUUAAGUUCAGACCACAAAAACCCGAGCUUAGAGUUCACCUUGGGCAGACCCGAUUGGCUUCAAAAAGAACGUGACUGAUCGAUCUUUCUUUUUUUUUUUCUCUACUUUUUUUUUGCAUUUUGAAUUACUGCUUCAGUUUGUCCUCGUAAUGGACCAUAGGAGCCUGAAUUUUAUGCAACCGACGAACAAGAUGAAGAAAACGUAGAAGAAGGUUUAAGAAGCUAUGUUUCUCUACAUACAAUUCUUGUCUACUAGUCUCCCAUCAUAUAGCAGCCCUUCUUCUUUGUUUUCUUCUCUCUUGAUUUAUUUAAUUUUGUAGUAUUCAUUUGUUUUUGUCCUUUAUUUUCGGUUGGGUCCUUCAUGUCUAUUUUGUCCAAGGUAGGACACCACGGAUAUGAUUGGGGAAGAUGAAGUAUAUCAUAUGUUGCGACUGAAUAUUUACCAAAUUAAAGGUUAUAUAACUUUCAGGAAACACCAAUUACCAUCAAA